AUGGGGGACUUCAAUCAUGACAAGUCCAACUGGAGAACAACAAGUCCAACUGAAGAACAACAAGUCCAACUGGAGAAUAACAAGUCCAACUGGAGAACAACAAGUCCAACUGGAGAACAACAAGUCCAACUGCAGAACAACAAGUCCAACUGGAGAAUAACAAGUCCAACUGGAGAACAACAAGUCCAACUGGAGAACAACAAGUCCAACUGCAGAACAACAAGUCCAACUGGAGACCAACAAGUCCAACUGGAGAACAAUAGGAGCGUUCACAAUUGCGAGAGAGCGUUCACAAUUGCCAGAGAGCGUUCACAAUUGCGAGAGAGCGUUCACAAUUGCGAGAGAGCGUUCACAAUUGCCAGAGAGCGUUCACAAUUGCCAGAGAGCGUUCACAAUUGCGAGGGAGCGUUCACAAUUGCUAGAGAGCGUUCACAAUUGCAAGAGAGCGUUCACAAUUGCGAGAGAGCGUUCACAAUUGCUAGAAAGCGUUCACAAUUGCCAGAGAGCGUUCACAAUUGCGAGAGAGCGUUCACAAUUAGAGCGUUCACAAUUGCGAGAGAGCGUUCACAAUUGCAAGAGAGCGUUCACAAUUGCAAGAGAGCGUUCACAAUUGCGAGAGAGCGUUCACAAUUGCAAGAGAGCGUUCACAAUUGCAAGAGAGCGUUCACAAUUGCAAGAGAGCGUUCACAAUUGCUAGAGGCGUUCACAAUUGCGAGGGAGCGUUCACAAUUGCGAGGGAGCGUUCACAAUUGCAGAGAGCGUUCACAAUUGCGAGAGAGCGUUCACAAUUGCGAGAGAGCGUUCACAAUUGUUCACAAUUGCGAGAGAGCGUUCACAAUUGCGAGGGAGCGUUCACAAUUGCAAGAGAGCGUUCACAAUUGCGAGAGAGCGUUCACAAUUGCGAGGGAGCGUUCACAAUUGCAAGAGAGCGUUCACAAUUGCGAGGGAGCGUUCACAAUUGCGAGGGAGCGUUCACAAUUGCGAGAGAGCGUUCACAAUUGCACAAGAGAGCGUUCACAAUUGCAAUUGAGAGAGCGUUCACAAUUAGAGCGUUCACAAUUGCCAGAGAGCGUUCACAAUUGCGAGAGAGCGUUCACAAUUGCGAGAGAGCGUUCACAAUUGCUAGAGAGCGUUCACAAUUGCGAGAGAGCGUUCACAAUUGCUAGAGAGCGUUCACAAUUGCUAGAGAGCGUUCACAAUUGCGAGAGAGCGUUCACAAUUGCAAGAGAGCGUUCACAAUUGCAAGAGAGCGUUCACAAUUGCGAGAGAGCGUUCACAAUUGCGAGAGAGCGUUCACAAUUGCAAGAGAGCGUUCACAAUUGCAAGAGAGCGUUCACAAUUGCGAGAGAGCGUUCACAAUUGCAAGAGAGCGUUCACAAUUGCGAGGGAGCGUUCACAAUUGCGAGGGAGCGUUCACAAUUGCGAGGGAGCGUUCACAAUUGUGAGGGAGCGUUCACAAUUGCGAGGGAGCGUUCACAAUUGCGAGAGAGCGUUCACAAUUGCAGGAGAGCGUUCACAAUUGCGAGGGAGCGUUCACAAUUGCGAGGGAGCGUUCACAAUUGCGAGGGAGCGUUCACAAUUGCAAGAGAGCGUUCACAAUUGCGAGAGAGCGUUCACAAUUGCGAGGGAGCGUUCACAAUUGCGAGAGAGCGUUCACAAUUGCAGGAGAGCGUUCACAAUUGCGAGGGAGCGUUCACAAUUGCGAGAGAGCGUUCACAAUUGCAGGAGAGCGUUCACAAUUGCGAGGGAGCGUUCACAAUUGCGAGGGAGCGUUCACAAUUGCAGGAGAGCGUUCACAAUUGCGAGGGAGCGUUCACAAUUAGAGCGUUCACAAUUGCAGGAGAGCGUUCACAAUUGCGAGGGAGCGUUCACAAUUGCGAGAGCGUUCACAAUUGCGAGAGAGCGUUCACAAUUUCGUUCACAAUUGCGAGGGAGCGUUCACAAUUGCGAGGGAGCGUUCACAAUUGCGAGGGAGCGUUCACAAUUGCGAGGGAGCGUUCACAAUUGCAGGAGAGCGUUCACAAUUGCGAGGGAGCGUUCACAAUUAAUGAAUCCUUGACGGGUAUUCGUGGACGCUUGGGAAGUGAAGUACAAAAUGACUUGAAAAGACGAACGCUAUUAAGCUUCCAAGAGUGUCUGAGAUUGUCUGAACCAGUACAGCUACUCGAAGCUAGGAAAGAUUUUAAAAAUAGUAUUUUAGGAUUUAUUAGUCUUGAACAUGAAGUGAAAGACGGGAAUAUUUCGGACCAUUGCCUACGGACGCAAUUUGGUGUAAAUGGCCGUCUCACGACCAAGAAUAACUUGAAAAAAAUUAAUCCUACAGAUAAUUGCUCAAAAUAUGAGUGUUUAGCAAGCUCUUAUGCUUACACAAAUACUUUACCAGGUCACCAAGAUGGUGACCUCAAGGAUAUGGUAGGAAAUGGGCGGGAGAGACGAUACGAGUGCCAGAGUGAGCCAGUAUUUGACAAAACCUGGAAAAACGAUAUCCAGGUUUGGCAGGAUGCAGAAUCGAUGUCGUCUCGGAACGACGCGUCUAGGUGUUGGCUGGAGUCCGUUUCGGGCCUCGACCCUGACGACUGGCAUGAUGCUGACGAAGACGCGUACGGUAAAGUUGAAGCCUCUGGUGGUGGUGCUGGGGCCACUGGUGCCUCUGGUGGCGGUGCUGGGGCCACUGGUGCCUCUGGUGGCGGUGCUGGGGCCACUGAGCGCAGUACUGGGGGUGCUGGGGCCACUGAACGCAGUACUGGGGAUGCUGGGGCCUCCGGACGCAGUGCUGGGGCCUCCGGUGGCGGUGCUGGGGGUGCUGGGACGUCCGGACGCAGUGCUGGGGCCACUGAGCGCAGUACUGGGGCCACUGAGCGCAGUACUGGGGCCACUGAGCGCAGUACUGGGGCCACUGAGCGCAGUACUGGGGCCACUGAGCGCAGUACUGGGGCCACUGAGCGCAGUACUGGGGCCACUGAGCGCAGUACUGGGGAUGCUGGGGCCUCCGGACGCAGUGCUGGGGCCACUGAGCGCAGUUCUGAGGGCUCUAAGGGCUCUGGUCGCAGUCCUGGGGGCUCUGGUCGCAGUCCUGGGGGUGCUAAGGGCUCUGGGCGCAGUCCUGGGGGUGCUAAGGGCUCUGGGCUCAGUCAUGGGGGUGCUAAGGGCUCUGGGCGCAGUCAUGGGGGUGCUAAGGGCUCUGGGCGCAGUCCUGGGGAUGCUAAGGGCUCUGGGCGCAGUCGCAGUCCUGGGGGCUCUGGGCGCAGUCGCAGUCCUGGGGGUGCUAAGGGCUCUGGGCGCAGUCCUGGGGGUGCUAAGGGCUCUGGGCGCAGUCGUGGGGGUGCUAAGGGCUCUGGGCGCAGUCCUGGGGGUGCUAAGGGCUCUGGGCGCAGUCCUGGGGAUGCUAAGGGCUCUGGGCACAGUCGCAGUCCUGGGGGCUCUGGGCGCAGUCAUGGGGAUGCUAAGGGCUCUGGGCACAGUCGCAGUCCUGGGGGCUCUAAGGGCUCUGGGCGCAGUCAUGGGGGUGCUAAGGGCUCUGGGCGCAGUCCUGGGGAUGCUAAGGGCUCUGGUCGCAGUCCUGGGGGCUCUAAGGGCUCUGGGCACAGUCGCAGUCCUGGGGGCUCUAAGGGCUCUGGGCGCAGUCCUGGGGGCUCUGGGCGCAGUCGCAGUCCUGGGGGUGCUAAGGGCUCUGGGCGCAGUCCUGGGGGUGCUAAGGGCUCUGGGCGCAGUCCUGGGGGUGCUAAGGGCUCUGGGCGCAGUCAUGGGGGUGCUAAGGGCUCUGGGCGCAGUCCUGGGGGUGCUAAGGGCUCUGGGCGCAGUCCUGGGGAUGCUAAGGGCUCUGGGCACAGUCGCAGUCCUGGGGGCUCUGGGCGCAGUCCUGGGGAUGCUAAGGGCUCUGGGCACAGUCGCAGUCCUGGGGGCUCUGGGCGCAGUCAUGGGGAUGCUAAGGGCUCUGGGCACAGUCGCAGUCCUGGGGGCUCUAAGGGCUCUGGGCGCAGUCGCAGUCCUGGGGGUGCUAAGGGCUCUGGGCGCAGUCAUGGGGGUGCUAAGGGCUCUGGGCGCAGUCCUGGGGGUGCUAAGGGCUCUGGGCGCAGUCCUGGGGAUGCUAAGGGCUCUGGGCGCAGUCGCAGUCCUGAGGGCUCUAAGGGCUCUGGGCGCAGUCAUGGGGGUGCUAAGGGCUCUGGGCGCAGUCCUGGGGAUGCUAAGGGCUCUGGUCGCAGUCCUGGGGGCUCUAAGGGCUCUGGGCACAGUCGCAGUCCUGGGGGCUCUAAGGGCUCUGGGCGCAGUCCUGGGGGCUCUGGGCGCAGUCGCAGUCCUGGGGGUGCUAAGGGCUCUGGGCGCAGUCCUGGGGGUGCUAAGGGCUCUGGGCGCAGUCAUGGGGGUGCUAAGGGCUCUGGGCGCAGUCCUGGGGGUGCUAAGGGCUCUGGGCGCAGUCCUGGGGCUGCUAAGGGCUCUGGGCACAGUCGCAGUCCUGGGGGCUCUGGGCGCAGUCCUGGGGAUGCUAAGGGCUCUGGGCACAGUCGCAGUCCUGGGGGCUCUGGGCGCAGUCAUGGGGAUGCUAAGGGCUCUGGGCACAGUCGCAGUCCUGGGGGUGCUAAGGGCUCUGGGCGCAGUCAUGGGGGUGCUAAGGGCUCUGGGCGCAGUCCUGGGGGUGCUAAGGGCUCUGGGCGCAGUCCUGGGGAUGCUAAGGGCUCUGGGCACAGUCGCAGUCCUGGGGGCUCUAAGGGCUCUGGGCGCAGUCGCAGUCCUGAGGGCUCUAAGGGCUCUGGGCGCAGUACUGGGGACUCUGGGCGCAGUACUGGGUGUGCUAGGACCUCCGGGCUCGGUGCUGGGGCCUCUGGGCGCAGUACUGAGGCUUCUGGGCACAGUUCUGGGUGUGCUAGGACCUCGGGGCUCAGUACUGGGGGUGAUGGGGCCUCUGGGCGCAGUACUGGGGCUUCUGGGGGUGUUAGGACCUCUGGGCCUAGUACUGGGGUCUCCGGGCACAGUACUGGUGGUCCUAGGGCCUCUGGGCGCAGUCCUGGGAGUGCUAAGGGCUCUGGGCGCAGUCCUGGGGCUUCUGAGCGCAGUCCUGGGGGUGCUAAGGGCUCUGGGCGCAGUCCUGGGGCUUCUGGGCGCAGUACUAGGGCCUCUGGGCGCAGUCCCGGGGGUGCUAAGGGCUCUGGGCGCAGUCCUGGGGGUGCUAAGGGCUCUGGGCGCAGUCCUGGGGCUUCUGGGCGCAGUCCUGGGGCUUCUGGGCGCAGUACUAGGGCUUCUGGGCGCAGUCCUGGGGGUGGUAAGGGCUCUGGGCGCAGUCCUGGGGCUUCUGGGCGCAGUCCUGGGGCUUCUGGGCGCAGUACUGGCGGUGCUGGAGCCUCUCCUAGCAGUACUAGGACUCGGAGGGGUGCUGGGACGUCCAGCCGCGGUGCUGGGGCCGGCGGUGCCAGGAGCUCUGCAAGGGCUCCACGACGUAUAAAGAAAACGGUUAACACGGCUGCAUUGCGAAGGCGGGAAGAAAAGCUUUCAACUGUGUUAAGGAAGCCUGCAAAGACUUACAUUCGCAAGCCUGGUCGUAACACAAGACUUCGGCACCGGCCUGGUGCUGCCAGGCCUCGGGACGCCUGUAUGCACAACAUAAGCGCUGAGGAUGUUUCUCGCUGGCAGAGCGGUGUCCCACGGUCCUAUACGUCUCGAGAAAUAAUAGAUUCAUUUAUUGAGAAAGUUCGCAGAGAUCGUGCGGCUGAAAUGGAAGGGACGUCCUUCAUUGACGAGGCUACGAUUCGGGAAAAUCGUGAAAACGCACGGCUCGUAGUCUUGUGUCUGUUGUUUACUACAGCAGCGUUCUACUUGGACAAUACUCCCCGAGAAGACGCGAACUUAAGUUUAGAUGAAGAUACUUACUCGUCUAGUACAGAUAAAGAAUCUUAUUCCUCUAGUAUGGAUAAAGAUUGUGGCUCUUCUAGUUCAGAUAAGGUUUCUGACUCUAGUAACUAAAGAUAAAGAAUCGGAUUCUUCUAGUUCAGACUGAAGAGGCUACAGCCCGACAUAAUGAAGUCGAUGCUAGGUGGAAUCUUACUGUGGCUAAAACAAGAUUUUAAAACAGACUGAUGCAAGAGAAAGUUCUGUAUUUCGCCUGAGCAAUGAAUUAAGACUACAAAAGCUUCAAUAGUGAUGUGCUAGAUAAUUUCACUGGAAAUUGCCGGUGUAAUAGACGGCACGGUACCUGCCAUCAGUUCUUGAGACUUUUCUUGUAACACUGGCCGUUUGUGGUGAACGAGAUGCUGCGAGACCUCCAGAGACGCAAGGUUUACCAAGUCUGUGGCGCUGAAGAACGUGAUGCCUGUCAAGAGAUUUUGUGAUUGUUCCUUUGGAGAAGGGAACUAGAUAUUAACACAACUGGCCCAUGAGAGGUUUUGAGAGCUAGACACCAUUGUAAACAGUUGCCAAACUGUUUCAAACUUUGUUGCAAGAUCUCAAAUAAGAGAACAUAUCGAAUAGAAAACUAUUUUAAUUGAGCUCGUGCAGAAUUUUACUAGAAUUUUAUUGUGAAGUGAAUCCAAAGUAGGAUUUAGAUUUUUAAAUUUUUUUAACCUCGCCCUUAUUGAAGUUUAAAAAAAAUGUUAGCGCGGUAGGCUAUUAGGAAAGUACUUCGAUAAUUCACGGAGCAGUUUAGAUUGAAUUGAACCACUUUUCUAGCCUAAGACUUUGGGAAGAAGUCAAAACGAACUUUUGCCUGGCUCACAAAUGUUCAUUUAAAUUUUAUUUAGACCUGCAUCUUUCGUAUUCAUUAAUCUGGCAUUCGUGUGGUCUGACAUUUUACCCAAAUCCAUGAAAGAGGCAUACACCGGCUCCACUGUACAAAUUGGCUAGUUAAGUGGGCAUUACGGAUACUUAUUCUGUACUUGCAACGUUCAUAUUUUAAAUUCGGCCAUGCUAUACCUUAAAAACUAAUUGCGACAUAUUAGUGACAGCUAAAAUUUUUACAUUGCCGUCAUGUAUUUUAAAUUCACUUGUUUUAAGUUAUCAAAUACCUUUUUAACUAAAUUAUUUGCAUCUAACCAGUCUUUUUAGUCGCCCCUAUUAACUAAUAUACGCUUCCUGCCACACGGUACAACGUGAUGCAAAAUCCUGACAGUUUACAUUAAGGAACUAGUAGAUUCCUACUCUAAUGUGUUUAUCAGACAUAAUUAUCCUCUACAUGGUUUCCAGGGUUCCUUGUGAGCAGACAAUGCGUUUCUUGCACUGAUUAUCAUGUUAAUGUCAUGGUGUAGAAAGCAUUAUAAGAGGUACUUCUGAAAUUGCUACACCUUACUGGCUGACAUAAUGUAGAUAUAAAUUGUUUAGAAUGUAAUCAUCAUAGGCUGUCUGUAGCACAGACGGCUGGCAUGUAGCCAGCAGGCCUGUAAGUGCUUCACUAAAAUAAACUGUCUAGAUUAAAGUAAAACGUAAAAUUUGUUCAGAGUAUGACAGGGAAAACGACUUAUUAGUCCUCUGUGGUCGAUGCUGGUAUACUGUACUUAAGAAUAUUCCAACGUGUUGGCUGGACUUGACAGUGAAUAUAGAGUAACUGGGCAAAUCUGUAAAUGUUCAUUUACUAGGUAAACUAAUGUGAAAUGUUUGGUUAACUUUGGAAGUUGUGCCAUUAUUGAAACGGAACAAGAUUUUUUAGUUUACUUUAUUGGUAGAGAAAAGUAUUUGAUAUAUGCUGUUUUUUUUAUGAAUUUACAUUAUUCAGUUUUAAAAAAUUUGUUACACAUGAACACCUUGAGCUGCUCCACCAAUCACCUUCGACACAAAUGUAUAGGGAAAGUGCCAGAACAUUAUCUGGACUUUCCCACACAUGGCAAUAAAGUUGGUUAAAAGUGA